AUAUAUGUAUCGCUCUGCAGGUCGGAUAGCAUUUAUGAAGGAGUCUAAGGUGGGUAAGGGCGAGCCGGCGCAGACUCCCAUCUGCAACCUGAACAUCCGCCUGCCAGACGAGGUGCCGUCGAAGGGACGCGUCGUCACGGAUACCAUCACGCUCGAGAAGAAGUACCCUUACCUGGAGGAGCUCGGCACAGUGCGCGGCGAGACGAUCACGAAGGCGGACAUCCGUCUCUCGGACAUCGCCCGCCUGCUCGGCUCUGAUUGGGUGCUGCUGGCGCAGCAGCUGGACAUCAGCGAAUCACAGAUCGGCGAGCUGAGGGCGGAGUAUCCGGACGAUGAGGAGGCGCAGGCGCUCAACAUGCUGCACCUGUGGUUCGUGCAGAAGAAAGACCAGGCUACCGGUAACAAGUUGGAGAAGGCAUUGAGGAUUAUCGACCGUGACGACAUCGUACAGAAAUGCAUGCACAACGUAGAGGUGGUCACUGACCAGCUAGAGAAAGCUGCUGCCAAAGUGCAGAUGGACCAGUCAGGUGAGCAGAGGGAUGAGGAGACGAUCUUCGAAACUGCCGAGUUUCUCAAAAUUCACGCCGGUCAGUCGAAGGAAAGGAAGAUCUAG